UCGUGGGUAUAAAAAUAUGGUUUGCUUAGGAAUGCCCAACACAAAAUUUGUGCGAUGGAUUCCUCUGCUGUCAAGGAUGUAGCUGCAUCAUGGCGUGUUUUGUUUCUCUUUCUUUUUAUCUUCUUCUCGACUAAGUCAAUGGGAACACAGUCAGGUGUUGAUAAAAGAGCUUCACCAACGGGGAUAUUGCCUAAUGCAGGUGAUUUUGCAACAAGAUUAGCUGGAAGAAUUGUGGGCCAUUCGGCAGAUGUGUUGCCAUUUGAGGGUGGAAAGAGUGUUGUGAAAGUGAGAAAACUUAGAAGAGGCCCUCUGGUCCCACCUUCUCCUAAACCUCUCCUAAACCUAAUGGGCCUGUGUCUUAUUUUCGCCCAAAUCCCCCUCCACCAUCACAAUAAGAAGGUCAAGGAUGACAUGGCAUUAUCAAGUAUAAAUCAAGGACAGCACUCAUGCUUCUAGCAGCAGAAAGAAAGAAAGUUGAAGGUCAGGCGUGUAUGAUAUUUUAUUAAAAAGGCGAGAUAAUAAGAUCUGAAGAGUUCUAUGACCUGUUAUAUUUAAUGAUGCAAAUGUGUACUACGCCGGAAAACCUUUGAUUACAUUUUACUCCUGAGAUAAAAUAAGAUCAUAUUAUUUAUUUUCA